AUGGCAGAAACCACGCCCAUGCAGGUCGUGGCCUACACUUUCCUCUGCGUCCUCGUCGCCACCAUACUCCUCAAGCUCAAGCACAGGCGCAGCGCCGGCGGCCUGAACCUGCCGCCGGGGCCAUGGGCGCUCCCGGUAAUCGGGCACAUGCACCACCUGGUCGGCGCGCUGCCGCACCAGGCCAUGCAGAGGCUGGCGCAGCUGCACGGCCCCGUCAUGCUGCUCCGGCUCGGCCACGUCCCCACGCUGGUGAUCUCCUCCCCGGAGGCGGCCAGGGAGGUGAUGAAGGUCCACGACGCCGUCUUCGCGAACCGGCCCAUGUACGUGGCCGCAGACGUCUUCACCUACGGCGGCGCCGACAUCUCCUUUGCGCGCGGCCCGCACUGGAAGCCCCUGCGCAAGCUCUGCGCCACGGAAUUGCUCAGCCCGAGAAGCGUCCGGUCGUUCCGCUCCGUCCGGGAGGAGGAGGCCGCGAGGCUCGCGAGGUCCGUCGCCGCCGCCGGCGGCGCCGUCGUCAACAUCGGCGAGAUGGCGAAGGUGAUGAUGAACGACGUGAUCAUGCGGGUGUCCGUGGGCGACCGGUGCGCGCAGCGGGCGGCGUACCUGGAGGAGCUGGACAGGGUGCUGGACCUCAUGUCCGGCUUCAACCUCACCGACCUGUUCCCGACCUCGCGCCUCGCCAGGGCGCUCGGCGGCAGGGCCCUGAAGGCGACGUGGGAGGUGCACCAUAGGAUCCACGCCAUCAUGGAGGCCAUGAUCAGUGACCACAAGGUGGCGAUGGAGAGCGAGGGAGACAACGCUGAUGCCGGAGGUGAUCAGAGGGGCGACAUACUCACCAUUCUACUCCGGUUCCAGAGGAAUGGCGGCAUGGGCGGCGGCGUCACACUCACCAACGCUAACAUCAGCGGCGUCCUCUUCGAUCUAUUUGCUGCGGGCUCGGAGACGACGGCGACCACGACGACCUGGGCCAUGUCGGAGCUCAUGAGGAACCCACACAUAAUGGCCAAAGCGCAGUCCGAGGUCCGGGGAGUCCUCCAAGGCAAGACCGUGGUGACCGAGGCGGACAUCGACGGCCGGCUCCCCUACCUCCAGAUGGUCAUCAAGGAGACCUUCAGGCUGCACGCUCCGGUGCCACUUCUCAUGCCGAGGCUGUGCAACGAGCCAGCAAAGGUUAUGGGCUACGACGUGCCGGCGGGCACCACCGUGUUCGUGAACGUUUGGGCGAUAGGCAAGGGUGAGGAGAGCUGGACCGACGCGAGCGAGUUCAGGCCCGAGAGGUUCGAGACUGAUAUGGUGGACUACGCUGGCACGGACUUCAGGUUCAUCCCCGGCGGUGCCGGCCGAAAGAUGUGCCCCGGUAUGAUGUUUGGGGUGUCAAACAUCGAGAUUGCUCUCGCGAGCCUUCUCUAUCACUUCGACUGGAAGAUUCCUGGCGGCGGGAACCCGGAGAAGCUUGACAUGACCGAGGCCUAUGGAGUCACGGCUCGUCGGAAGACUGAGCUCUUGUUAGAAGCUAUUCCAUUUGUGCCUUGA